AUGGACGUGGACGUGGACGUGGUCGUGGACGUGGACGUGGACGUGGACGUGGACGUGGACGUGGACCUGGACGUGGACGUGGACGUGGACGUGGACGUGGACGUGGACGUGGACGUGGACCUGGAGGUGGACGUGGACGUGGUCGUGGAGGUGGACGUGGACGUGGACGUGGACGUGGACGUGGACCUGGACGUGGACGUGGACGUUGUCGUGGAGGUGGACGUGGACGUGGACGUGGACGUGGACGUGGACCUGGACGUGGACCUGGACGUGGACGUGGACGAGGACGUGGACAUGGACGUGGACGUGGACGUGGACGUGGACGUGGACGUGGACGUGGACGUGGACGAGGACGUGGACAUGGACGUGGACGUGGACGUGGACGUGGACGAGGACGUGGACAUGGACGUGGACAUGGUCAUGGACGUGGACGUGGACGUGGACGUGGACGUGGACGUGGUCGUGGACGUGGUCGUGGACGUGGACGUGGACGUGGUCGUGGACGUGGACGUGGACGUGGACGUGGAGGUGGACGUGGACGUGGACGUGGACGUGGACAUGGACGUGGACGUGGAAGUGGACAUGGACGUGGACGUGGACGUGGACGUGGACAUGGACGUGGACAUGGUCGUGGACUUUGAUGUGGACGUGGACGUGGACGUGGGCGUGGACAUGGACGUGGACGUGGUCGUGGACUUUGACGUGGACGUGGACGUGGACGUGGACAUGGUCACCAAGGGCAGCAGCUGUUCUUAA